CAAUAAAGUGAAUUACAGUGUUGAGGAGAGGGGGUGACAGCCAGCAGGUGGAGACAGAAGGCAUACGGCGGAAGAAACGUGGAUUAAGUUUCACGAUCCCCCCCUUUAGUCUGCCUGUCUCUGGUUUCAUCUUGCGGAGUGGAGAGGGUGCCGGGCUGUGUGGUGGAGGAUGAGAGGCGAGGGUCGGUGCCUGUCUAUGGAAGCUGACUUUCCUGCAGCCAGCAUCAUGCCGUGCCAGAACAGCCCACAGCAGCUCAGCUCCGAGCAGAGCCACUCGCUGCCCAAGAGAGUGAGGUUCGCCGCCAGCGCGGAGUCCGAGAACAUCGGGCACCGACUCAAACUGCUGCCCAUGAACGACCAGAUCCGAGAGCUGCAGACCAUCAUCAGGGACAAAACAACAAGCAGAGGAGACUUUGUAUUUUGUGCUGAUCGCUUGAUCAGACUAGUGGUCGAAGAAGGACUGAACCAGCUGCCAUACACUGAAUGUACAGUCACAACUCCUACAGGCCAUAAGUACGAUGGAGUGAAGUUUGAGAAGGGAAACUGUGGUGUUAGUAUUAUGAGAAGUGGUGAAGCAAUGGAGCAAGGUUUGCGAGAUUGUUGUCGAUCAAUACGCAUCGGAAAAAUCCUAAUACAAAGUGACGAAGACACCCAAAAGGCUAAGGUGUACUAUGCUAAGUUCCCACCUGACAUCUACCGCAGAAAAGUGCUUCUCAUGUACCCAAUAUUGAGUACAGGCAACACAGUUAUUGAAGCUGUGAAGGUUCUGAUUGAGCAUGGAGUGCAGCCAAACCAUAUAAUCUUACUUAGUCUUUUCUCAACUCCACAUGGUGCAAAGUCUAUUAUAGAAGAAUUCCCUGAAAUCACAAUUUUAGCAACAGAAGUCCAUCCAAUCGCACCCACCCAUUUUGGACAGAAAUAUUUCGGCACGGACUGAAGUCAAGAUCAAAUCCUUGUGAAACAUCUGAAUGUGUUGCUGAUUCAAUGACAAAGACUUAGUUUUAUUUCAGUAGGUGUGUUUUCCCCUUUCUCAAACCUUUCCAGGGUGAGACAAAAUGUUAACCAGCUUAAUGUUGACAUCUGAAAGAAUGAGCUAUACUAUUUGCAUUAACUUCUUUUCUUCAGUCAUUUGUAUAAAAAUAAAUCAUUUCUAAAAUGUACAUUCCAAUUCCGUCACAAUUGUGUUUGCACUGUGCUUGCAUGCAUCAUUGUCACUUAGCCAUUUUAGCUCAUUUAUUGUUUGUAAUUAGAGGCAGUGCCUAAUUGUAACUUAAAAUU